UUUAUUAAUACGGGGAGUUAUUGUCCAUAUUAUGAUUAAAUCUAACAAGUAACAUCUUUUUAUUCAAUUACAGCUGCAAAACCCAGAAAAUGACUUUUUAAAUAACACCAAAAAUACCACCUUAUAACAACAAAAGCAAUCAUGCUUUUUAAACUAUCAAUAAAAAAUACCGUUUUAACGGUUUAUUAUUUACUCUUAAUAAACUUAGUCCAUGGCAAUGAUUCUGAUGAUGCAGGAAAAUAUAAUGUAGGCGGUGUUUUAGGAGAUUAUGGCAGUGAAACACAUUUCAAAGAUACUAUAUCGCAUCUUAAUUUUGUAGAAAACAAUAAAGCUAAUCGAAAUGUAACGUAUUAUGGUAAGACCAUAAGAAUGGAUAAGAAUCCGAUUAAGACGGUAUUUAAUGUUUGUGACAAAUUAAUUGAUAAAAGGGUUUAUGCAGUCGUUGUAUCGCAUGAACAAACCUCCGGUGAUUUGUCACCAGCUGCCGUUAGCUAUACAAGUGGUUUCUUUCAAAUACCCGUUAUAGGUAUCUCGUCACGUGAUGCGGCCUUCUCUGAUAAAAAUAUUCAUGUUUCCUUUUUGCGCACCGUGCCGCCGUACUAUCAUCAGGCUGAUGUUUGGUUGGAAAUGUUAAAUCAUUUCAGUUAUACAAAGGUAAUUAUAAUACAUAGUUCAGAUACAGAUGGUCGUGCCAUAUUGGGUAGAUUUCAAACUACCUCCCAAAACUAUUAUGAUGACAUUGAUGUUAGAGCCACCGUAGAAAUGAUUGUGGAAUUUGAGCCAAAAUUGGAAAGUUUUGCUGAACAUUUGAUUGAUAUGAAAACAGCACAGAGUCGUGUGUAUUUGGUUUAUGCUAGCACUGAAGAUGCCCAAGUGAUUUUCCGUGAUGCUGCUAUCUACAAUAUGACUGAGGGUGGUCAUGUUUGGAUUGUGACUGAACAAGCCUUAAGUGCCAAUAAUACACCAGAUGGUGUUUUGGGUUUACAACUGGAGCAUGUUAAUAGUGAUAAACGCCAUAUAAGGGAUUCUGUUUACGUUUUGGCUUCAGCUAUUAAGGAAAUGAUGAAAAAUGAAACACUUACUGAACCACCUAAGAAUUGCGAUGAUUCGGGUGUUAAUUGGGAGUCAGGAAAACGUCUUUUCCAUUACCUCAGAACGCGGAAUAUAACAGGAGAAACCGGUCAGGUGGCAUUCGAUGAUAAUGGUGAUCGUAUAUAUGCCGGUUAUGAUGUAAUCAAUAUUAGACCCAAACAAAAGAAACAAGUUGUAGGAAAAUUCUAUUAUGAUCCGGACAAAGGUAUGAUGCGUUUGACAAUCAAUGACAGUCAAAUUAUAUGGCCUGGGAAAGAGAGAAAGAAACCGGAAGGUAUAAUGAUACCCACACAUUUAAAAGUGCUGACCAUAGAAGAGAAACCCUUUGUCUAUGUAAGACGUUUAACAGAUGAUGAGGUAAAUUGUGCAGAAGAAGAGGUGCCUUGUCCUCUAUUCAAUACCAGCAAUGGAGUGGAAAACGAUUACUGUUGCCGUGGCUAUUGCAUAGAUUUACUUAAAGCCUUAUCACAUCGCAUAAAUUUCACCUAUGAAUUGGGCCUCUCCCCCGAUGGACAAUUUGGUCAUUAUAUAUUAAAAAACUCUACAACUGGCACCAUGUCCUCUUCGACGAAAAAAGAAUGGACUGGUUUAAUUGGCGAAUUGGUGAAUGAACGAGCCGACAUGAUUGUAGCACCACUAACCAUUAAUCCAGAGCGUGCCGAAUAUAUAGAAUUUUCGAAACCUUUCAAAUAUCAAGGCAUUACAAUACUCGAAAAGAAACCAUCACGUUCGAGUACUUUAGUGUCUUUCUUGCAACCAUUUAGUAACACGCUUUGGAUAUUGGUAAUGGUGUCGGUACAUGUUGUGGCUCUGGUCCUCUAUUUACUGGAUAGAUUUUCUCCAUUUGGUCGUUUUAAACUUUCUCAUGUUGAUAGUCAUGAAGAGAAGGCUUUAAAUUUAAGUUCCGCCAUCUGGUUUGCCUGGGGUGUUCUGCUGAACAGUGGCAUUGGAGAAGGUACACCACGCAGUUUUUCGGCUCGUGUUUUGGGUAUGGUAUGGGCUGGUUUUGCUAUGAUCAUUGUUGCCUCGUAUACUGCCAACUUGGCCGCUUUCCUCGUGUUGGAGCGUCCGAAAACAAAAUUGAGUGGUAUUAACGAUGCUCGUUUACGUAAUACUAUGGAGAAUUUGACCUGUGCCACGGUAAAAGGCUCUUCGGUCGAUAUGUAUUUUAGACGUCAGGUAGAGUUAUCGAAUAUGUAUCGUACGAUGGAGGCGAAUAACUACGAUACUGCUGAGAAGGCCAUAGAGGAUGUUAAGAAGGGCAAAUUGAUGGCUUUUAUAUGGGAUUCUUCACGUUUGGAAUACGAAGCCUCUAAAGAUUGCGAAUUGGUUACGGCAGGAGAGCUAUUUGGUCGCAGUGGUUAUGGUAUUGGUUUGCAAAAGGGUUCUCCUUGGACGGAUGCUGUAACCUUAACGAUUUUGGAGUUUCAUGAAAGUGAGUAG